AUGAGUCUCCUUGCCCUUUACUUUAUCGUCAAGUCUUCAGCUCCAGAUGCGAACCAGCUCAAAUUCCCCGUAGUCAAAUACCAGCGGGGCUUACCCGACUUUGUCACCCGUACUGUCACCCGUAUCCUCUAUUUCGUUUACAAAACCAAGGCCUUUCGAAUCCUCAAGGUGGACGGAGACUUGGCCGUACUACCUCAGACAUAUCUGGAGGAAUUGAAAUACCUUGAUGAGUUCAGGUUGACACCUCUCGAUGCCGAUAGCAGAGAUGACUUCCUACAAUGGAUGAUGGAGCUGGCCGACAACGACUUCGAAAAUGACCCUUUGAACUUAGCCGACGGAUUGAUGGUCAUCAUGGCUUUGGCUGUCGUACAUACCACUACCCUAAUCACCCAUGCUAUGUAUGAUCUGAUGGCCCACCCUGAGUAUCUUGAACCUUUGAGGGAGGAGACAGAAGUGCCUGAGAAACAAAUGGAUCCGGACCUCGCCGAGCGAUUUGGGCGCCCUGCGGCGUUUGGGUAA